AUGAUACAUGAAACUGGAAUAAAUUAGAAAAAAAGGUCUUUCUCCAUUGACUCGGCUGGACAGAACACGCUACAGCUUGCCCACAAUUGGGCGUGGGUCCCAACACGGCAAUCCAGAACUCGCCGCCCUCCGCACUGCCGCUCCUCCUCCCGCUGCUCCGCCACACCGUGUCUUCUUCGGAUCAAUAAGGGUUUCGAUUGGAGCAGAAUCUGGAUGGUAAUCUAGGGUUUCACUUGUUGGGGAGAGCGUGUAAUCCAAUCUGGAGAUGUUGCGAAUAGACUUCGAUUCCGAGGAUCACAAAGCUCUUCUCAGAUCAGCUCCCUCGGCCUCCGAUACAGAUCUUGAGGCCCAGCCUUCUUCUCCGCCGCCGCCCUCAUCGUCGUCUCCGUCGGCUGCAAGGAGAAAUGGGAGAGGGAUUGGCGAACUCCUUCGGCAUUUUGAUCGGAGUAUCUCCGUUCCCCGGCUCAACCGCAGGCAAUCCGGCCGCGGUCUCUCUCAUGCGGGGCCGGAUUAUGAGCGGUCGCGUGAAGAACUCGCCGACGGGGCACCGCCAGAAUGGGCGCUGCUGCUCAUCGGAUGUCUACUUGGAGUUGCUACUGGAAUAUGCGUUGCGGCCUUUAAUCGUGGGGUGCAUGUGAUUCACGAAUGGGCUUGGGCUGGUACUCCAAAUGAGGGUGCUGCUUGGCUUCGAUUACAAAGACUAGCUGAUACGUGGCAUAGGAUAUUGUUAAUACCAGUAACUGGAGGGGUUGUUGUAGGGAUGAUGCAUGGACUACUUGAAAUAUUUGAGCAGAUAAAACAGUCUAGAUCACAAAAACCAUGCAUAGACUUCUUGGCUGGAAUCUUUCCUGUGAUCAAGGCUAUCCAAGCUGCUGUGACCUUAGGCACCGGUUGUUCAUUGGGCCCCGAAGGUCCUAGCGUAGACAUUGGUAAGUCAUGUGCUAAUGGAUGUUCUGAAAUGAUGGAGAACAAUAGAGAAAGGAGGAUUGCUCUUGUUGCUGCUGGUGCUGCUGCUGGGAUUGCUUCAGGUUUUAAUGCUGCUGUUGCUGGAUGCUUUUUUGCUAUUGAAACUGUGCUGAGGCCACUACGUGCAGAAAAUUCACCACCCUUCACAACUGCGAUGAUUAUAUUGGCAUCAGUUAUCUCAUCCACAGUUUCAAAUGUAUUACUUGGAGAACGACCAGCAUUUACUGUGCCGACGUAUGAACUAAAAUCUGCUGCCGAACUACCACUCUACCUCAUCCUGGGCAUGUUGUGUGGGGCAGUCAGUGUGGUUUUUACUAGGUUGGUUGUCUUUUUCACAGGAUGCUUCGAGUAUAUCAAGGAAAGGUUUGGCCUUCCUGCUGUUGUUUGCCCUGCUCUAGGCGGCUUAGGAGCAGGUAUAAUAGCUCUGAAAUAUCCUGGAACAUUGUACUGGGGCUUCACUAAUGUUGAUGAAAUCUUGCAUACUGGUAAGAGUGCUGCUGCUCCUGGAAUCUGGCUGCUAACACAACUUGCUGCGGCGAAAGUAGUAGCAACUGCUCUUUGUAAGGGCUCUGGGCUUGUAGGGGGCCUUUAUGCUCCAAGUUUGAUGCUAGGUGCUGCUGUUGGUGCUGUUUUUGGGGGUUCCGCUGCAGAGUUAAUAAAUUCUGCAAUUCCUGGAAAUGGUGCCCUUGCACAGCCUCAGGCAUAUGCUCUUGUUGGAAUGGCAGCUACACUUGCUUCAAUUUGCUCAGUUCCCUUGACCUCAGUAUUACUUCUAUUUGAGCUAACAAAAGACUACAGAAUCCUUCUUCCGCUUAUGGGUGCAGUUGGUUUAGCAAUAUGGGUGCCUUCAGUGGCUAACCUGUCCAAAGAUUGUUAUGUGGUGGAGAAAAAUAAUAAUGGGCAUGGCUAUUCUUCUCUUUCAUUUUCUGAGGAGAAAAAUGAUACUGUUUGGAGUGACAGAGAUGAUCUAGAACUUUCUGUUCUGGAAACUGAAAUGCAGUCUCACGGAAUUUAUAAUGAAGCCCUUCUUGAUGAAUUGAAGGUUUCCCAGGCCAUGUCAAAGAAAUUUGUUAAAGUUUCGUCUUGUACUGCCUUGAAAGAGGUCAUUAAGUUUAUGCAUGAUGAGCAGCAGAAUUGUGUACUUGUUGUUGAUACAGAAGAUUUUCUUGAGGGGAUUCUUACGAGAGGUGAUAUUCAGCGGCUAGGAGUUGAGGCUUCUAGAGAAAAUCUUCAGAAUCGAAAAGAUUCUGCUGUAUGCGAUAUCAACACCCGUCCUAUCUCAUCAUGCUUCACACGUGGGUUUCAAUAUCAAGGUGGCGAACGUGGAAUUUUAAUCUGCUUUCCAGACACAGAUUUGACCAUGGCAAAAGAGCUCAUGGAAGCCAAAGGCAUCAAGCAGUUACCAGUUGUUAAACGCAGCAGAGAUGCUAGAGAUCAUGGAAAACGCAAGCUUAUUGGUCUUCUUAAUUAUGAUGCAAUUGAACGCUGUAUAAGAGAUGAAAUCCGGCAUAGGAAGAACUACUAUCAGCAAAGAGCUGAACACCUAGAAAGAACAAUAAAUGCCCAUUGAAUGUGACAGCCCUGAAGAAUUUUGGAGCGGCCAACUAGCCAAUCAGCCCUUCAUUAACGGCUUUUGUUUCCAGUGGCAUUAAUUAUAUUUGCAAUAUUAAUGCCUAGCUACAAUGGGUAUGGAUUCUUAUAUUUUUCUUUUCCACAAUGCAAAUUGUAUCAUAGAUGUUUCAUUAACAUCUUUAGGUCAAUGAAUUUCAUUUAAACUCAAGCAAAAAACUCCUCUUCCUAGCGAAGGGUGGAGCUGUAUUUCAUGGGGCUUCAAGUCCUGAUAUUCUUUUGUGAAAGUUCUUAAGGAAAUCUUGUAUUCCUUUUGUUUUUAUAUAUAUGGUGCUCAUGAUCUAAAA